AUGGCGGAGCUCUCUCGGCAGCUCAACAAAUUCAAGCAGCAGCAGCAGGCUCUCACCGAUGUGGCGGUGGCGGCGGCCAAGCGCUCGGGCGGCGGCAGCAAAAAGAAGCCUCCGGUGGCUCCGGCGGCUCCGGCGGCGCCACCAGGAGGAGGAGGAGGAGGCGGAGCGGCGCCAUCGCCAGCGCCACCCUCCAUCUCCAAUCUCACAUUCCAGAACGACAAGGAGAAGCUCCAGAUGAUCAACCAGGUGCGUCGCUCCCCGACCAUGGCCCAGGUGAAGCGCGUCCUGGACGUCCUCCUGGAGACCCGCGAGGCGCUCCUCCCGGACGAGAUCAACAACCGCUGCUUCGUGGACGUGGCCAACAACAAGGAGGUGUUCGAGACGCUCAAGAACAACGUCAAGGUCUCGUUCGAUGGCCAGCGCUUCUCGUACAAGGCCAAGCACGGCCUCAAGAACAAGGCGGAGCUGCUCGUCCAGCUGCGAAAGUGUACCGAGGGGAUGGCGCUCUCGGAGCUCCGGGACGCGUACCCGGGGAUCGUGAGCGACGUCCAGGAGCUCAAGGCGAGCGGCGAGAUCCGGGUCAUGUGUAACUCGGACUCGCAGGAGGAGAUACUCUACCCGGACGACCCCCGGAUGAAGAUCAAGGUGGACGAGGAUAUCGCCAAGCUGUGCCGGAGCAUCGAGCUCCCCACGGACUUUGUGCUGGUGGAGCGCGAGCUGCAGAAGAACGGGGUGAGGCCCAUGACGAACUCGGUGCUGCGGAGGGAGAGGAUGAGUCUGCUCAGCGCGCAGCAAGGUGGCAGCAAGCAAAAGAAAAAGAAGAAGAUCUCCAAGCGGACCAAGUAUACCAACAUCCACUUGCCGGAGCUGUUCAAGAGCGUGCCAUCUGAUGUUGGAUCGUGA